CGCAACAGACAUGGAGACGCGAGCUGCCUGAAUUUUAGUUCUCAUUGCUGUGAGAGGACAGCACCGCCUUGCAUGAAGCACCCUUGCUGUGCGUUUCAUGUGCUUUUUAAAGAGGUAAAGUGACGAUAUAGUGCAUUUGAGUGAGGAGGUUUGGAGCUGCAGAGAGGCGCAUUGAUCGCGAGCAUGGGCGGCGUUUCCCGUCUGUGUGCGUCCAGAGGAAAGAGAAAGCUUCCAUUUGGGGGGAGAGAGCUCGGGGGCUCCAUGCACACUCAGGAAACAAGUCGACUGCAUGCAUGAAUACGCUUUCACUGCUGGAGGUUUAAUCACCGAGUAAAGCCAAUUCUCCACCCCGCUUUCUGCUCAUGUCACCGGGAUGUGUUGGAGCAUCCGGAGGUAAGUGAUCCAUGAACCCGGGAAGCGACCCUCUCCUCCCGGGCUGGAGAAGGGCCAGCAGGUCGGGUCAGGCUCGGCUGCUGGAGGACUAAAUGAAAGGGGAUGUUUUGAAGGAUCAGCCUGCAUAUUUCAAGGAUCAAACAUGUGCGGACAAAUCAUGGAUCUUCAUCAUCCUCAUCAUCAUAAGUUAGCUGGCUGGCUCUAGGUUAGGCUGCUGACUUCUAGAUGUCCCGCCUCCCCUCAGGUGAGACAGAGGCACACAAACACUCUGACCUCCACCUGUGUCCACCGACAUGGAUAAACUCACCGUGAUUUCAGGAUGUCUCUUCCUCGCUGCAGACAUCUUUGCCAUCGCCAGCAUCGCCAACCCGGACUGGAUCAGCACUGGAGAAUCAGCUGGCUCUCUGACUGUGGGUCUGGUUCGUCAGUGCCAGACCAUUCACGGCAGAGACCGGACCUGCAUCCCCCCGCAGCUUCCCCCGGAGUGGAUCACCACACUCUUCUUCAUCAUCCUGGGCAUCAUCUCCCUCACCGUCACCUGUGGUCUGCUGGUGAUGUCACGCUGGCGCCGCGAAGCUGCCCGAUACGCCCGAUGGAUCGCCUUCACAGGGAUGGUCCUGUUCUGCAUGGCUGCCCUCAUAUUCCCCAUCGGCUUCUACAUCAACGAGGUUGGAGGACAGCCAUAUAAGCUCCCCAACAACACGGUGGUGGGCUCCUCCUACGUCCUCUUCGUUCUGUCCAUAUUCUUCACCAUCGUGGGACUGCUGUUUGCUGGGAAGGUGUGCCUGCCCGGCUGAAAAACUCUCCUCUUCUUUUUGUGUCUUUGGAGAAACUCCACCAUUGGAGGCAACUUUUGUGACUCUUCAUGGCAGUGUUGGAAGCAUAGCUGAAGUUGAACAAAACUGAGAAACAUCUGUUUGUGUUUGUCCUUAGGAUGAUUUGUCACAAUUCCUGUAACUGGAGCCGAAAUCAUGCCAUCCGUCCAUCUGUUUGUUCAGAGACUGAGCAGAGGCAGAGAGCUCUGAAACAGCCCUUAUCAUCAUCAGUCCUGAACGAUGAGUGUGAAGUGAUGAACAGGCAGGAGAAUUAUAAAAAACAUGAUGGAAAUGGAUUCAAACAUCCGAACUUUCAAGGGAGGCCUGCUGUAUUAUCCGUCACCUUAACAUUUACUGACAGAUAACCCUUGCUCUUCCCAUCCCAUCAACAAGAUGCACACAGACUGACAUGUCAGGCCACAUGCUGGCCAAAGCACCAAAUAUCGGCCAGUCACCUCCAAUAUAACGGAGGCUCUUCUCUGACCACAGCUACAUGGAACUAUCUGUAAUAUAUACAGUGAUGUUUCAUUUUCUUGGCACAUUUUAUUUAUUUGUUUAAUUGUUCAGUUCUGUUUUUUGUAAAGGUAUUUUUUAUUGAAAGGCCUAAUGUAUCCCAGAGUUUCCCUGCCGUUAAUGUGUGGUGGAUCACUUUGCCUUAAAGAACUGUUAACCUUAAAAUAAGUAUCAUAUUGUUGAGUUGUAGUGUCUUGGGAUCAAUUUUAAAAUUCUGGAUACAUGAAAUGAUCUCGCAUAAAAAUGUUAGAACUAGAAUGUAAAAUGGGCUUUCAGGCAACAUCGGUCCAAAAUGAUCAUAAUGAGGAGUGAGUAGUGUAAAGUUGUGUGCAUGGAUGUGUUGCAUUAAUAUGAGCUGGUCUCUACAAUGAUGUAUGGAUCAGCAGUGAGCCUCACAUCGACAGGUCAAACCUGUUCCGGUCUCUCUGUUACGGCUUUGUUCUUUCUAGUGAUGUAGUGAAUGUAUUAUUCACCUUUUGAGCAUUUCCUGUUGUUUAAACACUGUAUCAAGAAAUGACUGGAUCUAUGACUAGUUUGUUUUAUAUAUUUGAGAUGCCGACUUCAUUUCUGUGUAAAUGACAGACAGCCAGUCUGUGACAUUUUCUAGAAGCACUGUGAUGUUCUUGAAUGAGCAUGGAAGAUCUCAUUGCAUUAAAAAUGACUCAUUGGAACACUGAUUGUCUCAAUUUGUUUUAACAGUUUCUUUUAGAAGACCAUCU